GGUUUAGCUACUUCUGUCUGAGAAUCGAUAGCUAUCGUCUGUAUACUGGAAUGGCAUCUCCCUUAGCAUCUCUAACUAAAUACAAAUAGGAAUUAACAUUUCUACUUUAGCAUCUUAAGCUAACUGAAUAUGAUUUUCAAAAUUAGCCGUUAGCAUUUCCAAUAUAAAUCAAUAGAGGACUUAGCAUUUAGUCAAUGACAUCAUCGGGUGUCACUAUGCUACCGUGCUAGCUUACACAUUUUGUAGGGAGCCGGCACAGACACUCCUCUCUCUCUCUCUCUCUCUUUCUCUCUCUCUCUCUCUCUCUCUCUCUCUCUCUCUUUUCUCUCUCUCUCUCUCUCUCUCUCUCGCUCUUUUUCUCUCUCUCUCUCUGACUCGCUCUCUCUCCUUCACAGACGCUCUAUCCCUCUCAUCCCCACCUACACCCAAGGAUUCUCCCUCUCUCUCUCUCUCUCUCUCUCUCUCUCUCUCUCUCUCUGUCGAUAUCUGUCCUUUUAGGAGAAGAAGGGAUGCUUGUUUCUUCAUUCCUCUGUUUAAAAGGACUCUUUUUGAUACUGCUGACUUGAAACCGUUUGCGUGCUGGUUACUUUGCCCUACCUGUGGAGGAUCCCGGUAGUCAGCCAGCCUCUGGAGCCCAGUGUAGCCCCAGCAGCAGCCACCAUGCUGGGCUUGGAUGUGUGUGAGUUUGGGGGUCAGGUUCUGGAGCUUCUCUGGCUAACCAUGUGUUACCAAGGUUUGAUGGCGGAUAAGGAGGAGAAGCCUGUGGGAGAGGAGGACGAUGAGACAGACCUGAACUACACUCCACCAGCCCAGAAGAGCCUGCAGGAGAUACAGGAACUAGACAAGGAUGAUGAGAGUCUCAGGAAAUACAAACAGACUCUACUAGGAGCUGGACCAGUGGUGGCAGACCUGACCAUUCCCAAUGUCCAGGUCACCAGACUGACCCUGAUGUGUGACCAAGCACCUGGCCCCAUCACCAUGGACCUCUCAGAUGACCCGGAGGCCCUGAAGAAGAAGAGUUUCACCAUGAAGGAAGGAGUGGACUACAGAGUGAAGAUACACUUCAAGGUUAACAGGGAUAUUGUGUCUGGGCUGAAGUACGUCCAUCUGACCUACAGGAAAGGAAUCAGAGUGGACAAGGCGGUGUACAUGGUGGGCAGCUACGGGCCGCGGGUGGAGGAGCACGAGUUCAUGACCCCGGUGGAGGAGGCGCCCAAAGGCAUGAUUGUCAGAGGCAGCUACCACAUCAAGUCCCACUUCACCGACGACGACAAGACCGACCACCUCUCCUGGGAGUGGAACCUGGGGAUCAAGAAGGACUGGGAUGAAUAGAGAGGAGCCUCAUUUCUCUCUCCCUCCUUCCCUCUCCCUGUGUCUCCACCUCUCCCUUCCUUCCUUCUCUCUCCCGUCUCCCCCACUUUCAUCCCUCCUUCCUCCAUCAAGAAGGACUGGGAUGGAUAGAGACCUCAUCCUCUCCAUGCUUCCCUCUCCCCUUGUCUCCCCUCUCCCUCCUUCUCUCCCUCUUCAUUUAGAAGGACUGGGAUGGAUAGAGACCUCAUCCCUCUCCCCAUGCAUCCCUCUCCCCAUGUCUCCCCUCUCCCUCCUUCUCUCCCUCUUUAUUUAGAAGGACUGUCUCUCCCUCUUUCUUCCUCCCCCCUCCUCUCCCUCCAAGGCCCACCUGUAUAAUAGUAAAAGACAGAGGCCGGUAUGAAAGGUGUAAACAGGAAGUUAGGUUAGGCACGGUCUAGAGACAGAGAGGAUGUUGUCAAAAACCAAACCAGUAUACAUCAUAGUAGACAACUGAACAUCGUGGGCUACAAACCAAAAUGGCCCCCUAUUCCCUAUAUAGUGCACUACCCGCAGGGCUCUGGAUAAAAGUAGUGCACUAUGUAGGGAAUAGGGGGCCAUUUUGGGAGGCAGGAGGUAUGUUAGAAUGUUUGACAACAGCGUGUCUCAUGCUCCUCAAGAAGUUACCAUCUUCUAAGUCCUACAUCUAUAAUGACCAUCUUCUAAGUUAUAGUUCUAGAAUGACCAUCUUCUAAGUCCUACAUCUAUAAUGACCAUCUUCUAAGUUAUAGUUAUAGAAUGACCAUCUUCUAAGUUAUAGUUCUAGAAUGACCAUCUUCUAAGUUAUAGUUCUAGAAUGACCAUCUUCUAAGUUAUAGUUCUAUAAUGACCAUCUUCUAAGUUCUAGAUCUAGAAUGACCAUCUUCUAAGUCCUACAUCUAGAAUGACCAUCUUCUAAGUUCUAGAUCUAGAAUGACCAUCUUCUAAGUCCUACAUCUAUAAUGACCAUCUUCUAAGUUAUAGUUCUAGAAUGACCAUCUUCUAAGUCCUACAUCUAUAAUGACCAUCUUCUAAGUUAUAGUUCUAGAAUGACCAUCUUCUAAGUCCUACAUCUAGAAUGACCAUCUUCUAAGUUCUAGAUCUAUAAUGACCAUCUUCUAAGUCCUACAUCUAGAAUGACCAUCUUCUAAGUCCUACAUCUAGAAUGACCAUCUUCUAAGUCCGACAUCUAUAAUGACCAUCUUCUAAGUUAUAGUUCUAGAAUAACCAUCUUCUAAGUCCUACAUCUAUAAUGACCAUCUUCUAAGUUAUAGUUCUAGAAUGACCAUCUUCUAAGUUAUAGUUCUAUAAUGACCAUCUUCUAAGUCCUACAUCUAGAAUGACCAUCUUCUAAGUUCUAGAUCUAUAAUGACCAUCUUCUAAGUCCUACAUCUAGAAUGACCAUCUUCUAAGUCCUACAUCUAGAAUGACCAUCUUCUAAGUCCUACAUCUAGAAUGACCAUCUUCUAAGUCCUACAUCUAGAAUGACCAUCUUCUAAGUCCGACAUCUAGAAUGACCAUCUUCUAAGUCCGACAUCUAGAAUGACCAUCUUCUAAGUCCUACAUCUAGAAUGACCAUCUUCUAAGUCCUACAUCUAGAAUGACCAUCUUCUAAGUCCUACAUCUAGAAUCUCAUUUCUGUUACUGUGUCUUUCAGUUGCCUCCUGUCUCUGUUAUACUUGACACACCUGAGCUGUUAUUGGAUUCAUGUAAAACAACAUGGUUUCACUCUGUCUGGAGGAGCGUUACCAUGGUAACAUAUCAACAGACAACUGUUGUUUUCUCAGGUUUGUCCGCUAUAAUUUCUCUAUUUUUCCAAUGCUGCUUGAAUGUCAAUACCCCAAAAUGUCUGCCUCUUUGCCUAUUGAGAGAGUUGCUCUUUAAAAGAUAACGUCAUUCACCAUGUAUCAACCAUCUUCCAUUAAACAUCAUGUAAACAUUCCGAGGAGGCCUGUUGUCUGGCUAUGAUGAAGAAAAUGUGAUUGUGAUGCGUACAAUAUGUUCUGGAGUAGUCGCUACAGAAUACAGCCCAACGGAAGUAGCCUACACAGUGUCUUUACCUCCCUGGCAGGUUAGUGAUCCUGAGACAUAUCUAUACAGUACAGUAGAGGGUCAACUGGGUUUGAGGUUUAGUAUCUGUAAUGGGCGCCACUGUUAGCACCCAAAGUAUCAUGACAUGAUUAUUCCAGUCAGAAUGUAAAUUAGAAUGUUAUGAUGGUGAUUGGUUAGCCUGGGUAUAUCAGUAUGCUUGGACCAUCAUGUCACUCCUUGCCACUUCCUGGCAUCCAAACAUGACAAUGAAUGGAAUGAUGGCACAACACUGAUCUGGGAGCAGCAGGUUAGACACUGAUCUGGGAGCAGCAGGUUAGACACUGAUCUGGGAGCAGCAGGUUUAGACACUGAUCUGGGAGCAGCAGGUUAGAAACGGAUCUGGGAGCAGCAGGUUAGACACGGAUCUGGGAGCAGCAGGUUAGACACUGAUCUGGGAGCAGCAGGUUAGACACUGAUCUGGGAGCAGCAGGUUAGACACUGAUCUGGGAGCAGCAGGUUAGACACUGAUCUGGGAGCAGCAGGUUAGUGUUUGGUGCCAGUGGUUAGUUUGCUGAAGUGUAGUGUAUAUCUGUUGCUCGUCACUGUCCCCCUUUAACACCAAGCAUGAGGCCUAAAGGCAGCGAUGGACUCGGGUAACGAACUACUGAAACAGAAGAGAACCCCGUUCUAUCUACGACGUGACCCGUUUUGUCCUGUCAAACUCAGUGGAUGAGGUCUUCGAGAUUUGAUCGAUCCUGCCCCCCACCCAAAAACGUCAAGACGUCCUUGUCACUAUUGUGUGAAGUCUUAUGGUGUUGUAAGUGUCGAUGAUGAUGAUAUUGAUGAUAUUGAUGAUGAUGAUCAUGAUAUUGAUGAUGAUGAUCAUGAGAUUGAUGAUGAUGAUGAUGAUCAUGAGAUUGAUGAUGAUGAUCAUGAUAUUGAUGAUGAUCAUGAUAUUGAUGACGACGAUGAUCAUGAGAUUGAUGAUGAUGAUAUUGAUGAUGAUGAUGAUGAUGAUAUUGAUGAUGAUGAUCAUGAUAUUGAUGAUGAUGAUCAUGAUAUUGAUGAUGAUGAUCAUGGUAUUGAUGAUGAUGAUGAUGAUAUUGAUGAUGAUGAUCAUGAGAUUGAUGAUGAUGAUCAUGAUAUUGAUGAUGAUCAUGAUAUUGAUGACGAUGAUCAUGAUAUUGAUGAUGAUCAUGAUGAUGAUAUUGAUGAUAUUGAUGAUGAUGAUCAUGAUAUUGAUGAUGAUGAUCAUGAUAUUGAUGAUGAUGAUCAUGAUAUUGAUGAUGAUGAUCAUGAGAUUGAUGAUGAUGAUCAUGAUCAUGAGAUUGAUGAUGAUGAUGAGAUUGAUGAUGAUGAUCAUGAGAUUGAUGAUGAUGAUCAUGAGAUUGAUGAUGAUGAUCAUGAGAUUGAUGAUGAUGAUCAUGAUAUUGAUGAUGAUGAUCAUGAUAUUGAUGAUGAUCAUGAUAUUGAUGAUGAUGAUCAUGAUAUUGAUGAUGAUCAUGAUGAUGAUAUUGAUGAUGAUGAUAUUGAUGAUGAUGAUGAUCAUGAUAUUGAUGAUGAUGAUCAUGAUAUUGAUGGUGAUGAUCAUGAUAUUGAUGAUGAUCAUGGUAUUGAUGAUGAUGAUCAUGAUAUUGAUGAUGAGCAUGAUAUUGAUGAUGAUGAUAUUGAUGAUGCCAUUCUAAAUGGUGGCGAACCCAGAAGUAACUGUAACGUGGGCUUGUUGAGUGUUGCAUGGUUUCAGAUCUCUUUCUUUAAAGACUGUUUUACUGUCACGUUGUGAUUUUGAAAAGAAGAAAAAACAAUCUGCAGAUUGAAAUGGGUUGUCAAGGAUACCGCAGAUAUUUACAGGGAUUUGAUCAAAAAAUACCUUUGUUAUUACUACUGUGGCUGUGUUCCAAAUGGACUCUUAUUCACUUUAUAAUGUGUUAACCUGCACCCAUAGAGAGUCAUUCUGUUAACCUGGACCCAUAGAGAGUCAUUCUGUUAACCUGGACCCAUAGAGAGUCAUUCUGUUAACCUGGACCCAUAGAGAGUCAUUCUGUUAACCUGGACCCAUAGAGAGUCAUUCUGUUAACCUGGACCCAUAGAGAGUCAUUCUGUUAACCUGGACCCAUAGAGAGUCAUUCUGUUAACCUGGACCCAUAGAGAGUCAUUCUGUUAACCUGGACCCAUAGAGAGUCAUUCUGUUCCCUUUAUACCCUUUAUAGAGUGUUAACCUGGACCCAUAGAGAGCCAUUCUGUUCCCUUUAUAGUGUGUUAACCUGGACCCAUAGAGAGUCAUUCUGUUAACCUGGACCCAUAGAGAGUCAUUCUGUUCCCUUUAUAAUGUGUUAACCUGGACCCAUAGAGAGUCAUUCUGUUCCCUUUAUAAUGUGUUAACCUGGACCCAUAGAGAGUCAUUCUGUUAACCUGGACCCAUAGAGAGUCAUUCUGUUCCCUUUAUACCCUUUAUAGAGUGUUAACCUGGACCCAUAGAGAGCCAUUCUGUUCCCUUUAUAGUGUGUUAACCUGGACCCAUAGAGAGUCAUUCUAUUCCCCUUUAUAGAGUGUUAACCUGGACCCGUAGAGAGUCAUUCUGUUCCCCUUUAUAGUGUGUUAACCUGGACCCGUAGAGAGUCAUUCUGUUCCCCUUUAUAGUGUGUUAACCUGGACCCGUAGAGAGUCAUUCUGUUCCCUUUAUACCCUUUAUAGAGUGUUAACCUGGACCCAUAGAGAGCCAUUCUGUUCCCCUUUAUAGAGUGUUAACCUGGACCCAUAGAGAGUCAUUCUGUUCCCUUUAUAGAGUGUUAACCUGGACCCAUAGAGAGCCAUUCUGUUCCCCUUUAUAGAGUGUUAACCUGGACCCGUAGAGAGUCAUUCUGUUCCCUUUAUAGUGUGUUAACCUGGACCCGUAGAGAGUCAUUCUGUUCCCCUUUAUAGUGUGUUAACCUGGACCCGUAGAGAGUCAUUCUGUUCCCCUUUAUAGUGUGUUAACCUGGACCCGUAGAGAGUCAUUCUGUUCCCUUCAUAGUGUGUUAACCUGGACCCGUAGAGAGAGUCAUUCUGUUCCCUUUAUAGAGUGUUAACCUGGACCCAUAGAGAGUCAUUCUGUUCCCUUUAUAGAGUGUUAACCUGGACCCAUAGAGAGUCAUUCUAUUCCCCUUUAUAGAGUGAUAACCUGGACCCAUAGAGAGUCAUUCUGUUCCCCUUUAUAGAGUGUUAACCUGGACCCAUAGAGAGUCAUUCUAUUCCCCUUUAUAGCGUGUUAACCUGGACCCAUAGAGAGUCAUUCUGUUCCCUUUAUAGAGUGUUAACCUGGACCCAUAGAGUCAUUCUGUUCCCUUUAUAGAGUGUUAACCUGGACCCAUAGAGUCAUUCUGUUCCCUUUAUAGAGUGUUAACCUGGACCCAUAGAUAGUCAUUCACAGGGUGAUUAACAGGACAAACAUGAUGCUAGAUUAAGAUGUAUAUAGAUGAUUAGGUGUCUGGUCUAUUCAGGGCUCUGGUUAAAAGUAGUGCACUAUAUAGGGAAUGGGGCUGUAGUAUAAAGUAGUGCACUAUAUAGGGAAUAGGGCUGUAGUAUAAAGUUGUGCACUAUAUAGGGAAUAGGGCUGUAGUUAAAGGUAGUGCACUAUAUAGGGAAUAGGGCUCUGGUCUAAAGUAGUGCACUAUAUAUGGAAUAAUGCUGUAGUUAAAGGUAGUGCACUAUAUAGGGAAUAGGGCUCUGGUCUAAAGUAGUGCACUAUAUAGGGAAUAGGGCUCUUGUCUAAAGUAGUGCACUACUACAGCCUCUAUGUGAGUUUGGUUGGGCACAAGCCUGGGCCUGUGUGUAAAGUAGUGCACUAUAUAGUGAAUAAGGGGCCAUAUUGGACACAAGCCUGGGCCUGUGUGUAAAGUAGUGCACUAUAUAGUGAAUAAGGGGACAUAUUGGACACAAGCCUGGGCCUGUGUGUAAAGUAGUGCACUAUAUAGUGAAUAAGGGGCCAUAUUGGACACAAGCCUGGGCCUGUGUGUAAAGUAGUGCACUAUAUAGUGAAUAAGGGGCCAUAUUGGACACAAGCCUGGGCCUGUGUGUAAAGUAGUGCACUAUAUAGUGAAUAAGGGGCCAUAUUGGACACAAGCCUGGGCCUGUGUGUAAAGUAGUGCACUAUAUAGUGAAUAAGGGGCCAUAUUGGACACAAGCCUGGGCCUGUGUGUAAAGUAGUGCACUAUAUAGUGAAUAAGGGGCCAUAUUGGACACAAGCCUGGGCCUGUGUGUAAAGUACUUCUGCAUUCUAAAGUGUUGGUAUUCCAGCAUCUUGUAUCUUUUAAUAAAGGUGAUUUAAUCAGCCA